AUGAUUUCGGAUAAAGAUUACGCCAGUUUUGAAAAGGAGGGAGCUCAACGACGACGAUGGAUCGAGAAUCCCAAUGAACCAGGCUGUUAUAUCUCCCGAGCCACGAUGCCCCUUUCAGAUCUAAUGGACACCUACGAGAUGAACGCCCCGGCAUGCCAUCGAGCCAAGGGGCCGAAAGCUCUUUUUGAUCCUAGCGAGGGUCCCGAAGGGCAGCUAUAUCAAGCCUUCAACUGGGCUCAUAAAGACAUGCGAUUUGCAGGAUAUGCAGAACACAAUUAUCUGGCCAUCGCGGUAAUGCGCAAGCCUGCCGACUCCUAUUACGAGUUGCCGCCAAUUUCCGAGGUCGCGAAGGCACUCUACGAGAAAUACUUUGCCCUUGAUGAACUUCAGUAUAUCGUCGUCAAAAUGGUCGUUAACUACGAGACAAAGGGCUGUCUUGAAAAGUUUAUACUUCCUAAUCAUCCGGCGGUGCCACAUUUAGGUAGCCUCACCUUGAACGAGCUCGAGUCUGAUGCCAUUCUCGGUAGUCGUAUCGGCAAAGUGGUUGCAUAUUUCGUUCUGGGCGCAUUUGAGCGAGGAACUCGGCGUAUUGAGCGCAUUGUCUUUUGGCGAGAUUCGGAGGGGCACCACCUGAGGUUUGAUAUUGGAAAAAUUAAAUAG